UGUAAAAAUUUUAAGGUCAGAUAAAUUGCUAAAGAUUUGAACUGCUGACUGGAUGAACGGAAGACUGUCUCCACACGGAACGUUUGGUUGGUGUUAACGAAGGCAGCGAAGGAGGCCUCCUCACCUCAGCGCCCUCGACCUUGCGCCUGCUCCGACCACGGAGUCCACCAGCAGUGCAGGCGCUCCGCGGGGACACGCGGGCCCGCAGGCGCGGCCGGCCCAGCCACCCCUCGCGUGUCCCUGGCCAGUGUUAGGUGCCGCGCCAGCAUCGCGCGCCAUCACCUCCCACCUGCUCCCUCCUCGCACCUCAAGCUGGAAGCUCGCGUGUCCAGGACACACCGCGCAGCAGAGACGCGCGCAGAGCACGCUGGGAGCUGGGGAGGGUCUCAGGGUAAAGAGAGGAUGCGCAAGGCACGCUGGGAGCCGGGGAGUGCUCACGGGGGACGCGAGUGUGCGCGGGGCACGCUGGGAGCCAGCGCUGCAGGCUGACCCGGAAGGACUGCUGCGGUCCUGACACCAGCUUCCCUAGCAACCGAGCGGUUUUGCGCAGCGACCGGCCGGCGGUCCGUCAGCAGACUGUGAUGCCGCUGCAGCUCAGCGGUUACAGCUGGCGGCAGACGCCCACCACAGUCUUCCUGUCUCUGCCCCUGCGCGGCGUCUGCGCCAGAGAUGCGGACGUGUUCUGCUCGGAGAGUUACCUGAAGGUCAACUUUCCCCCAUAUCUAUUUGAGGCAUUUCUCUAUGCUCCCAUAGAUGAUGGGAACAGCAAAGCAAAGAUUGGAAAUGAUGCUAUUGUUUUCACCUUGUAUAAGAAAGAAGCAGUCAUGUGGGAGACACUUUCUAUAUCAGGUGUUGACAAAGAGAUGAUGCAGAGAAUAAGAGAAAAAUCUAUUUUACAAGCACAAGAGAGAGCAAAAGAGGCUGCAGAAGCAAAAGCUACAGCAAGACGGGAAGAUCAAAAGUACGCAUUAAAUGUCAUGAUGAAGAAAAAAAUAGAAGAUGUGAAAGAAAAUGAGCGGAGAAAAGCAACUGAAGAACUGGAAGCCUGGAAGGAAUGUCAGAGAAACGCUGGAGGACACGAGGGAGCUCGGAGAGAAGAGGAGGCAGGUCAAAGGGGAAAGCCGGUGGGAGAAAGAAGAAAGUUAAAGCAUCAGAGUCUUCCUGGAAGUUUGACAUCUAGACACAGUGCAGCAAAAGGAAGAGACUGGGGAAGCAUAUUUCCUGCGGAGCGGGAGGAGGAACGCGUCCCUGCGCCCCGCCCGGCCGGCAGCAUCACGGUCAGCUUCACCCCACGCGUGUUCCCCACGGCGCUGCGCGAGUCCCAGGCGGCCCUGGAGGAGGAGUGGCUGCACAAGCAGGCCCAGGCACGAAGAGCCGUGAACACGGAUGCUCCUGAAUUUGGGGAUUUAAAAGAAGAAGAGAAGAACCCAGAGUGGCUGAAGGAAAAAGGAAACAAAUUGUUUGCAACGGAGAACUACCUGGCCGCGGCUGACGCGUACAGCUUAGCCAUCAGACUGAGCAGCAGGACCCCGGUGCUGUACCUGAACCGGGCCGCGUGCCACCUGAAGCUGAGGAACUUGCACAAGGCCAUCGAAGAUUCUUCAACGGCUUUGGCACUGCUGACCCCGCCGGUUGCAGACAAUGCAGAUGCAAGAAUGAAAGCUCACCUCCGCCGCGGAGCUGCGUUCUGCCAACUGGAACUGUAUGUGGAGGGCCUGCAGGACUACGAUGCUGCGCUUAGGAUCGAUCCAGCUAACACAGCUGUGCAAAGUGAUGCUGAGAAGAUUCGAAAUGUAAUUCAAGGAACAGAACUAAAAUCACAGUGACCACUGGAAGCAGCUAAUGUAGUACCAAGUAUUUGAGGUAUUUAGUAACAGGUUUUUAAAUUUUUCAAAAAUAGGAGCUGGGUGAGGUGGUACACACUGUGACCUUGUCACUUGGGAGGCUGAAGCAGGAGGAGCUAGAGUUCCAGACCAACCUGGGCUAUGAGAUUCUUUCUCAACAAAACAAGCGGAGAUGUUCGGAAUCUUUGUACAUAUAUGGGUGAUUAUGCAGAAUCCAUGUACUGCUUAGUACUUCAGUUCUGUAAGGGCUAAACGUUAAACAUCUGUAGAAAAUUAAGUGUUUGCUUUAUAUAAUUUCCAACAAGAAUUACCAUAUUAAAUUUUUUUUUUUUUUGUCU